AUAGUGCUGAUCAUUCACAAAAGAAAUAUAAGAAAAUUAAGUUGUUUUAAGAACUAAAUAUACACAAUAAUAUUUCAAUUUCAUGAACACAUUGUUCUUGCAUUCAUAAAUAAGACAAAAGCCAUGGAGAACGAUAUCAACAAACCAUACAAAAUAUGUGAUGUGAACCGAGACAAAAAGAAGGGCACAGUAGCGUCGUCGUUAGAAGAUUUACUCAGUAAAGUGCCUGAAAAGCUAGGAUUGCCAGCAGAGAACCUAACUGUGGUGCUGGAGUCUGACGGGACCGAGGUGGACGAUGAGGAGUAUUUUUCGACGUUAGAACCUGAUACAUCGCUGAUGAUUCUCCACGGGAGCGAGAAGUGGACGCCGAACAUGCCGAAGUGCCAGGUGUCCCUGGACCAGACGGACGACGUGGCGCUGGGCGAGAAGGGGCAGGUGGCGAGCCUGGUGGGGCGGCUGCAGCACAACCUGUGCCACAUCUCGCUGCUGGGCGGCCAGGACCUGGAGCUGCUGUCCGACAUGGACCCCGACAGCCUCGCCGACAUCGUCACGGACCGCGAUAACAGAAUUAUACUGGAACACAUUAAGGAGGCAUCUGGAAGAAUCUUAUUGGAGAAGCGGCAAGCACAGGACGCCAUGGAGUUGCUGAAGCUGUAUCACCAGAGUGUGGCCAACGGCUCGGAGGAUGUGUCGCCGCCCAAGCAGGAGCGGGUUUAGGGCCCGUGCCAGCCUGGUAUCAUACCUGUAACCCUUCAUUCAUUUGCAUUCGGAAUGGUAAUGCUCAAAAGUUUACAAACUUAGUUUUGUUCCUCAUUGCCAUGUUUCAAACAAUUUCAUGGAGCAUAUACAAUCAAAUAAUCAUUUAGUUAGAAUUUAAGUAAUUUAUUGAAUACACCAAAUGAAUGAGGCCUUGUUUUCAAUUAGAAGUAAAAUAGUUUUGAUGCUUUGUUUAGUUUUUUAAUAUGCAAGUAGAAUCAUUUGUUUUUAAAACACCUCCAUGAUGAAUUGCAAAUAACAAUAAUGUAAAUCAACAAAACAGUUGAUUAAAGUUAAGGUAUGCAGGUAAUAUGUGGAUAGUUAUAAUAUAAUACGCUAAUCUUAUGAAUAUGAGCUGAUACGGAAUAUGAGAUGAUAUAAUAACCACAUUCUAAAUAUUGUAUGUAUCUAGUGUGUAACCCUUUUUAACAGUACUGCCAUUGUAGAUAUUUUGAUUUGACUUUCCAUUCCACAAAUGUGUGUUAAUUUAAGGAACAAUCUUAGACUAUUCUUUGCUGACUUGACCUCUGCCAUGUUUACCAUAUUCCUGCAUAUUAAUGUCGAUAAAUUGUGUAACAACAAUUUACCCGCCGGUACAGUCGAAAUUUCGAUAUCUGCCUCAUCACUCUUGUAGAUUCAAAUGGCAAGAAAGGGAAACAGAUUAAGAAAUUUGGCUAAGCACUAAUCUAGAGUGAUGUAUGCUACAAUUAAAUGUAUUUGAAGAAUGUGCUACGCAUGGCAAAGAUGGCAAGUACGUAUGUGAUUUUACCUAUUAAUAUUUUUUUGUCUGAUUACACUUUACUUUGUUUUUUCUCACCUUCAAUAUGUUACCAAUACUUACCGUCAAGAUAUUUUGGUAGCUGUAUAGUAAAAGAUCUGACAAUAGAUAUGCUAGAACUUAAGCAUGUAUACCCUCUAGAUUGUUAAGGUUUCUUUUUGUAAACUUUUGAGAGACAAAUUGCCACGAGGUUGACAAGUCAACAUCAAUUUAAAAGACUGAUAGUUGUUAAUUUUUUUUAAUAUUAUAUUUUACCCCUAGAAUAAGAAUCUUUGUUUAACUCCAAAUUGCUCAAAAAGUUUCGAAUAUUAUACUUAUAAGUUUCCAUUUGUUAUUCCACUGCCAAACGUCAAAAGCAUGCUCAUAUUGUGGUAAAUUAGAGAGAGUAGGGAAUGUAUGGUCUGACUAGGUGUGUGGUAGAAUAAUGGUUCCUUGUUACUAAAUCCAUUUACAUAGUUUUCUUUGGCUAUCCAUACUCAACAAUCCACUGGUCAUUCGUAUAUAUCAUGUAAAUCAUAGCUUAGUUGAAAGAAUCAAUAUACAGUAAUGUUUGUGGAAACUUUAACUGCGAUUUAGAGGGCUUGUCAUACAUCUCAGUCAUAUGUCUGUAGCUUAUUGUAAUAUGUAAUGAUUAAAAUAGUGCACCUAUUAUUGAUACUAUUGUCUACACCUUCGACAGUGGGCACUAACUCUGCUAAAGGUAACCAAGAUAAUUCUGAAAACUAGGGUGAUAUGAUUAUUAACAUUAAACUGAAAACUAUAAGGAUACGAAGUGAUAUUACUGAAUCUAACAAUAGGUACCUUAUUUAGGUACAAAGGUCAAAUGAUUAGGUAUUGCUAGAUUUAGUAAUGUCACUUAAUUUCCUUAUACAUAUUUUCAGUUUGAUAUUAAGUAAUUCAUUUUAUGAAAAAGUCAAUACUUAUUGACCAAUAUGUCACCCCAUUAUUCAAAAUUACCAGUGUUUACUAUAGCUGUAUGAAUUUUACGUAAUUACUGAUCACAUAUUAAAUAUAAAACACAUGUAUGUUUGGUAAUAGUAGUAUUGAGCAUUAUGUUGCAAAGAAAGAAUUAAAAGCUCAUGGACUUAUAUAUUACUUCGUAAGGAUGUGGCAUACUCUGUCAGUGUCAGUAACUGCUGUACCUACAUGAAUACGAACCAAUCAUGCAGAAAUGAUAUGAAUUGCCUUAUUCUUAGACUUGAAAUUUUUGGUUGAUGCGUCUUCCUUAUAUUACUUUUCUAAUAGGGAGAACAUUCUCGACCUCUAUUUUAUAUAAUAAUGAAGAAGUUUGUACUAACUCAGUCAUAUUAUUAUGUUUUUGUCC